GGUUGGUUCGGAGUAGUACUUUCUUCGUAGAAGCUGAGGAUAGUAUUUUGUAUGAAGAGGAUAUGGAAAUGGAUGGGGUUGGAAUAGAGAGGCAGUCAUCGAUUGAGAAUGAACCUCGUACCCUUGAUAUUCACCAGAUUGGGUUUGCAAGGGAGGCAGCACUUUAUGUGGUGAACACGAGAGGUAUCGAAGAAGCUCUCAGAAUUUUCACGGAGGGAUUGGAACCGGUGGUGAGCUGCAUGCAAGGAGGCCAGUCAAACAGUGUCGGCCACAGCGAAGAAGAUGGUAAUUAUCGGAAUAAUGUGGUGGCAAAGAUUCCUGCGGGGCUGAGAGACAUCGUUUCUGCACCUUUUUAGUUGGCGGCCGAUGUGUUUGUGUAUCCAUAUUAACUGUCAGACAGUGCGCAGAAUACAGAAUCGUUCUUUCUUCUUGUUUUAGUUCUAGCUAUGGUUUGCUAUGUAAUUCAGCUCUCUGCCUUUCCAAGGUUAGGUAGAAAUGCAUUCCUUCUUCUUACUUUGAGCCUUUCCCUAGUCUUUCUGUUAGGAAGAUGGAGGCACAUUAUGGUACAACCAAACCUAUUGUGGCUAUCAAUAACAGGGCAAUAGAUUUAGAAGAUGAAAAUGGGCAAGAUUUGUUUAGCACAAAUUGAGUUUCGUUGGAUCUAAAUCAAAUAUAUAAGGUUAGAUUU